GACUCCCGGCGGCGACCGGCACUAUCCGUCCUUCGAUGCAAUAAUAAUAUUCUGUGCUUUCUGCGAAUGAGCUGGCUCGCUGCUCGUUGUGCUUUGUUCUGGUCAAUUUGUUAAUUAAAAAAAAUUAUCAGUAGUGUUGGGAAUAUUAAAUAUAAAAAAAAUACAGAUGAUAAAUUGAUUUGUAAAUUAGAAAACACAAUAAGUUCGCUGUAAGGUCAAGUUAAAAUGUGCGGCUGCGUGAGAGUUCUCCGCAUUGGCAAGCCGCUACCUAAGUCAUGGCAUCGGAGACUCUUCAGCUCUUCUUCAACGCCACCACCUAUCCAAGGAGUUCCAUAUACAAAACUCAGUGUUGGAGUUCCGAAAGAAAUAUGGCAAGAAGAAAGAAGGGUGGCCAUAGUACCAGCGGUAGUUAGUAAAUUAGUCAAAAAAGGGUUUAGUGUUAAUAUUGAAGAAAACGCUGGGACAUUAGCAAAUUUUCCAAAUAAAAGUUUCGAAGAAGCCGGCGCCAAAAUCACCAGCUUAAAGGAUACUUAUCAAUCAAACAUCAUUUUAAAGGUACGUCCUUUAGCUGUUAAUGAAGUUCAAAAUGUAGCCGAUAAAUCCACCAUCAUAUCAUUUUUAUAUCCCGCACAAAAUCAAAGUCUCAUACAAAAACUGGCAACUAAAAAAGUUAACGCAUUCGCAAUGGACUGCAUUCCUCGUAUAAGUCGCGCUCAAGUGUUCGACGCGCUCAGCUCGAUGGCUAACGUGGCGGGCUAUCGCGCUGUCAUCGAAGCUGCUGCUCAUUUCCCCCGUUUUUUUUCUGGCCAGAUGACCGCCGCGGGCCGCGUGCCCCCGUGCCGCGUGCUGGUGGUGGGCGGCGGCGUGGCGGGGCUGGCGGCGGCCGCGCAGGCGCGCUGCAUGGGCGCCGCCGUGCGCGCCUUCGACACGCGGCCGGCUGUGCGCGAACAGAUCGAGAGUCUUGGCGCUCAGUUCAUUACUAUGGAUGUGAAGGAAGAAGGAGCUGGUGCGGGCGGGUAUGCCAAGGAGAUGAGCGAAGAGUUCCUCAACGCAGAACGGGCGUUAUUGGGAAAAGAAGCCAGGACAUCAGAUGUAGUUAUUAGCACAGCUCUAAUACCUGGAAAAUCUGCUCCUCUGCUUAUUUUAGAGGAUGCCGUUCGCGACAUGGCCCCAGGGAGUGUGAUAGUAGACCUGGCGGCCGAAAUGGGCGGCAACAUACAGACGACCACUAAGGGCAAAAUAACAAAGGUGCAUGAUGUUACACACAUUGGUCUUACCGAUCUGCCCAGCAGGAUGCCCGCACAUGCCUCCACUCUCUAUGCCAACAAUAUCUCUGCCUUCCUGUUUAGCUUAGGCAACAACGAUCACUUCAACAUCGACCUCGAGGACGAGGUGACGCGCGGCGCCAUAGUGCUGCGGGACGGCGCGCUGCUGUGGCCGCCGCCGCCCGCGCGCGCGCCGCCCGCCGCGCCCGCCGCCGUCAAGGCCGCGCCCGCCGCGGUCGAACCGCCUAACCCCUUCAAUGAAACCCUGAAGGACACUUUCUUGUACUCCACGGGUUUGGCUAGUUUAAUUGGACUUGGAAUGGCCUCACCGAAUCCAGCAUUUACAACAAUGACAACAACCUUAGCUCUAUCAGGCGUAGUAGGCUACCACACGGUUUGGGGAGUCGUGCCCGCUCUCCAUUCGCCCCUUAUGUCAGUAACUAAUGCUGUAUCUGGUAUUACUGCUGUUGGUGGCUUACUUCUCAUGGGUGGAGGAUACGUACCUGAGACUCCAGUUCAGUGGUUAGCCAGCACUGCAGCUCUUAUAUCAUUCGUAAACGUAUUUGGUGGAUUCCUCGUAACACAACGUAUGCUGGACAUGUUCAAAAGGCCAGAUGACCCCCCGGAGUAUGGAUACUUAUACAGCAUACCAGCUGCUGCGUUACUUGCAGGAUAUCUUACAACUGCAAUGCAGGGGUACCCUGAAGUACAUCAGAUGGCUUAUCUCGCUUCGUCGUUAUGCUGUGUAGGUGCUUUGGCCGGCCUUAGCUCACAGAAAACAGCACGGAAAGGAAACUACCUUGGAAUGAUUGGCGUUUCUGGUGGUAUUGCGGCAACUUUGGGACUCCUGACGCCAAGCGCUGAAGUGUUGGCACAAAUGAUUGGUGUGGCGGGUAUUGGAGGCCUUAUUGGUGGCACUAUCGCCAAAAAGAUCGAGAUCACAGACUUACCACAACUUGUUGCCGGUUUUCACAGUUUAGUGGGCAUGGCGGCGGUGCUGACCUGCGUUGCCACAUAUAUGCACGAUUUCCCUGCGAUGGCUCUCGACCCCACUGCGGCUACUCUUAAAACAUCGCUUUUCCUGGGCACAUACAUUGGAGGAAUUACAUUCACUGGAUCUUUGGUUGCAUACGGUAAACUGCAAGGAGUGCUAUCUUCAGCGCCAUUACUUCUGCCUGGUAGACAUGCUAUCAACGCAGGCCUUUUAGCCGGUUCCCUAGGCUGUGGAGGAGCUCUCCUGGCAUUCCCUGAAGCUCCGGGAUUACCACUUUUGUCAGCUGCUGCAUUGCUCAGCGGCAUACAAGGGUUGACCUUAACUGCUGCUAUUGGAGGUGCGGAUAUGCCUGUCGUGAUUACUGUUCUAAACAGUUACUCGGGGUGGGCACUUUGUGCGGAAGGAUUUAUGUUGAACAAUUCUCUAAUGACAAUCGUGGGCGCCCUCAUCGGUAGCUCGGGAGCUAUCCUUUCCUACAUCAUGUGCAAGGCGAUGAACCGCUCCCUGCCCAACGUGAUCCUGGGCGGCUAUGGCGUGACGAGCGGCGGCUCUGCGCGGCCGGCCGGCGCCACACACACCGAGCUGAAUGUGGAUUCCGUGGCCGAUCUCAUACACCGCUCCUCCUCCAUCAUCAUUACUCCGGGUUACGGUUUGUGCGUAGCGAAAGCACAAUACCCUAUUGCUGAGCUCGUAGAUAUCCUCAAAGGCAUUGGAAAAAAAGUGCGUUUUGCUAUUCAUCCUGUUGCUGGACGUAUGCCCGGUCAGUUGAAUGUCCUGCUCGCUGAAGCCGGAGUACCUUACGACGAUGUCUUUGAAAUGGAAGAAAUCAACGAGGAAUUCCCUGAAACUGACUUAGUUUUGGUUAUUGGUGCCAACGACACUGUUAAUAGCGCGGCUGAAGACGAUCCGGAGUCGCCCAUUGCAGGCAUGCCUGUACUUAAAGUUUGGAAGGCUGACCAGGUGGUAGUAAUGAAGAGAUCAAUGGGCGUCGGCUAUGCAGCUGUUGACAACCCUAUCUUCUACAACCCCAACACUGCCAUGUUGCUUGGUGAUGCUAAGAAGACUUGCGACGCUCUACUCGAUAAAAUCAAACAUCUCACAGCAUAAAUAUAAAGUAUAAAGAUAUAUUUUUUUA